AAUAAUCAGCGCAUAGAUACACAUACACACGCAAAUGUACAGGGUCACAUGCACUGUAGGGUGUCAUUCAAGUGCAACCAACACAGGGAGACUGAGGGCGCCAAAGGAUUUUGCUUUCAUCAACAGAAAGGGGGACGACCUUUUGGUUGUAGAAUUGACCGACACCCCUCCCCCCAGGUGAGCAACAGCCCCGUCAGUUUUCCAUCCACCCAGUUUGAACUUUUCCUCUGGAAGGUGGGCAGAAGAGACGGUGCGUUUCCAGAAACAAGUUGCUCUGCAGCUGGCCCAUUAUCUCAGCUCAAGAUGUACAGCUUCAUGGGAGGGGGGCUGUUCUGUGCUAUUGUGGGUAAUAUCCUGUUGGUCAUCUCCACCGCCACAGACUACUGGAUGCAGUACCGUCUCUCUGGAAACUAUGCCCACCAGGGUUUGUGGAGGUACUGCAUGGCCAACAAGUGCUACAUGCAGAGAGACAGUAUCGCUUACUGGAAUGCCACCAGGGCCUUCAUGAUCCUGUCAGGGAUGUCGUGCUUUGCAGGCAUCAUCGCUGGCAUCAUGUCCUUUUCACACUUCUCCUCCUUUGAAAGGUUCAACCGUUCCUUUGCUGCAGGAAUCAUGUUUUUUGUCUCGACUUUCUUUGUUCUGCUGGGUAUGGCAAUCUACACUGGAGUGACUAUUAACUUCCUGGGAAGGCGCUUUGGUGACUGGCGCUUCUCCUGGUCUUACAUCCUGGGCUGGGUGUCCAUGCUCAUGACAUUCUUUGCAGGUAUUUUCUACAUAUGUGCCUACAGAAUGUGUGAAUGCAGGAGAGGAACUGGCCCGCGUUAAAUGGAGGCAGACGGCGCCAUUGCAAGAAUAAACACAGGACACAUUUGGACAGAAGAUGAGCAGAAAAGCAUCAAGGCAUUCUCGACCGAUCUGCUGAAGAAAUGACGUCUGAUGUCGAUGCUGACAGUUUAAAGUUGCUGCUUUUCUUUUUUAGGAAUAGUCGUGAUGAUAGCACAGCUGGGAAACAAAGUUAAUAAACCUAAUCAUAUGUCUUUUACAUUUAAA